AUGGAAAUAGUACUGACAGAUAAAAUUGAGUUAAGAUAUAUGGUGAAUGUUAUGGAGAGUGGGAAAUUGAUGGAUGAAAUAGGGGAGGAAGUUAUAUCAGCUGAUCAUAUUCUUGAAGAAGCGUAUGAAACUCGGAAGGAGGUGAAGCCUAGUACAAAAGUUGCAAUACUUGAUCUUGAGGAAUUAAAAGACUGGCAACGAAGGAAGAGGACAGAAUAUGAGGAAGUGUUGAAAAGGAAUCGGCUCGAUUUACGCCAAUGGAUGAGAUAUGGUCAGUUUGAACUAGAGCAGCAUGAUAUAAGGCGAGCUAGGUCUAUUUUUGAAAGAGCGUUGUUGGUAAGUUCCAGUUAUAUUCCAUUAUGGGUGCGAUACAUCGAUAGUGAACUCAAGUUGAAAAACGUUAACCAUGCGAGGAAUCUGCUGCAUAGGGCUACAAGUUUGCUUCCUAGGGUGGACAAACUGUGGUAUAAAUACGUUUUUGUCGAAGAAUCGUUAGGUCAUGUGGAGGUCGUUCGUGGGUUGUAUACUAAAUGGUGUUCCUUAGAACCUGGUACCAAUGUGUGGGAUUCGUACAUAGGUUUUGAAGCUAGGCAUGGGAACCUUGAGCAAGUUCGGAAUAUCUUUGCUAAGUAUAUUCUGGUACAUCCUAAGGUUGACACGUGGUUGAAAUGGGUAUCUUAUGAAUCGAAGCAUGGUAGCAUUGAUACCAUUCGCAGAGUUUAUUCACUUGCAUUAGAUACAUUAUCCGCAUUUGACAACAUUGAUAAGAAUGAUUUAGAACGACUUAUUGUUUCUUUUGCCAACUGGGAAGCUAGUCAGCAGGAAUUUGAACGUUGUAGGUCGCUCUAUGAUAUUACAAUACGGAAACUACCGAACUCUAAAACUCUGAAAGACGCAGCGAUACAGUUUGAGAAGAAGUUUGGUGAUGGAACAAAUAUAAAUGAUUCUAUUACUUUCAAGAGGAAAACUGAAUAUGAAAACUACUUGGUAAAUAAUCCAACAGAUUAUGAUAUGUGGUGGUUGUAUAUCGACCUGAUAGCCGAGAGUUUCACCAAUCAUUUAAGACCUGUCUAUGAACGUGCCACUGCUAGCAGCGUACCUCCAGGUCAUGUUAAAUCUAUUGCUUGGAGGAGGUAUAUAUAUAUAUGGAUUCGUUAUUUGAUUUAUUUAGAAUCUAUUGAUGUUGCUGCCCAUGAGAUACGUGCUGUUUACCAGAGGUUAAUCAAGGAGAUCAUACCGAAUAAAAAAUUUACAUUUGCAAAGAUAUGGAUAAUGUAUUCCCAGUUUGAAAUUAGACAAGGUGAGGUGACAAAUGCAAGGAAAAUUCUCGGUAUGUCUUUAGGUUUAUGCCCAAAGAAGAAGCUUUUUAGGUAUUAUAUCGAUCUGGAAAUUAAACUAAAGGAAUUUGAUAGAGUUAGAAAAUUAUACGAAAAAUAUCUAGAUUUCGAUCCACUAUCUCUGAACACCUGGAUUGAAUAUGCAGAAUUGGAAGAAAACCUGGGUGAUGAGGAGCGAUCUCGAGGAAUAUACGAAAUUGCGCUGAGCGAUGAAGUAGAAUUUCCAAUAGACGACCGAUUAAAACUUAUAGCCAGGUUUAUUCAAUUUGAGACGGAUGUAUGUGAAUAUUCCAGAGCUAGGAACUUAUAUGAUAAGUACUUGAUCAUCAGUGACUACGAUGUAAAGGUUUGGAUAAAGUAUGCACUUUUUGAAUCCUCUGUUCCCACCAAUGCGCAGCUAGCGGCUUACGAACAGAAAAUUAAUGAGAACGAAGAUGAAGAGAGUGAUGAAGAAGAAUUCGAAAUCACUGAGGAUAAUAAAAAUCAGACCAGAUCCAUAUUUGAAAAGGCAUUAAACCAUUUUGCCCAGAAAAAGGACAGUCAAAACAGAAUUUUAAUUCUGGAAGCAUACAAACAGUACGAACAUACGCAUGGUUCCCCGAUUACUCAAGAAAAAAUUGCCUCCAGGUAUCCUACAGUCGUUAAGAGAAAGGCAAUGCAGGAUGGGAUUGAAAGGGAAUAUAUUGAAUAUAUAUUUAUGGACGAUAACCAAGAAACUGCCAAACCGGAUCUGUCAAGACUGGUAUCGUUGGCGCGGAAUUGGGAUAUAGAAAGGAGAAAGUGA